CUCGCGGUAGUUUCAAAUGCGGAUGCGCGAGCUCAGUUCUUAUGGACUCAGUUUAACGUCUGAUUAUUCAGCACUUCUGAAACUAAACUCUUAAAAGUUUUAGUAAAGUGCAAAUAAGGAAGUUAACUUUAGUAAAUAUGGAAGCGAGUGAGUCGGCAGCGUUGCUUUCCAGAAAAGGCAAUCCCUCCAUGGGGAAUCUCACAAUCAGACUGCUGUAAAAACCUCUCUGAAGUAAGUACAAGGUUGCAUCACCAGUGAGCGCAGCAGUGAGCCGUCCCACAUCCGCUCUGAGAAAACCUCCCUCUCCGUGUCUUUAAAAGGCCAGCAGGUCAGCUCAGACCGGCAGAACAUCAGCACCACUGAUAACAAAGCAAACCCAGCAGCACAGCUUCUCUUCAGUCGCCUUCUUCAGAACUUUUGUUUUCAAAUCACAAGCCAGAUGGAGUCCAAGAAGAACUGCAGCAUCAGCCAGAUGUGGACCAAGAAGAUGCCCAAAGGAGUAGAUUUGGAGAUUUCCCAUCAGCCCCCAUCCAUGAGGUGCGUCGCCAACCUGAUCAUCGCCAUGGAGAGGCUGAAGGCCGGCAUGUCAGAGUCGGUCCUGAGCCCCGACUUCAGUGACGAAGAGAGAUUCAUCUUUGAGAGGACUUCAGCUGGACCGGGUCAGUUCAGCAGGAGGGAAGAACAUCCCUGCUCUGUGACAGACGGACAGAAAAGAAGCCUGGUUCUGGUCCGGAACAACAUGGAGCUUCUGGCAGUGAUGCUGCAGGGAGGCAACGACAGCCGCAAAGUUUACCUGAACAUGGCGACUUACGUUCACCUGACUCCCGACACUGGGCUGGGCCAGCCUGUGGUUCUGGGCAUCAGAGACACUGACUUCUACCUGUCCUGCCACAAGGAUGGUGACAAACCAACGCUGCAUCUGGAGGAAGUGGAGGACAAAGCGAGCCUCUCUGAGAUCAGCGUAGAGAGCGACAUGAGGCGCUUCCUGUUCUACAAACGGGACAUGGCGGUGAACAUCAGCACUCUGAUGUCCGCUCUCUUCCCAAACUGGUACAUCAGCACCGCCACCGACAACAACCGACCUGUGGCCAUGUGCCAGGAGUCUGCCUCCCGCUACAGAACCUUCUCCAUCCAGCGGCAGAGCUGAACCCGGCCUGAAGGAGGCGCUCAUCAGUUGGAUUGCAGCAGAAGCAUUACUGAAUACCUGUGGCUUAAUAUUUAUGACUUGAUUUUUAAUAUUUAUUUAUGUAUUUAUGCAAAACUGCUAAUUUUAUAUUCAUGAUCUGGAAAUCCGCUUGUUAAUCACUGUUUAGAAAACAUGCAAAUGUAUUAAAUAAAGAUCCAAAAUAUAUAUAUUA